UACUCAUCAGAAGAUGAUCAGGAUGAAUUUGGGCAAGAAUUUGGAGAUCGUUUUGCAACUCUCCUUUUGAUUUUGCAAACAGCAAAGGAAGGCGGAGGAACUGUCUAUCCACAUCUGUAUCGCACAAUUAUUCCUGAAGCUGGAGAUAUUCUUUUCUGGACAAACUUAGACAGAUUAGGGAAUGGAAAUGAAAAGUCUUUACACGGAGCCUGCCCUAUCAUCGAGGGCAAAAAGAUUGCUGCUACACUCUGGAUUCGUGAACACGGGCAAUCGUUGAUGAGCAAUCCAAUGGAAAGUGGUUUAUUUGAUAUAGAAAAACUGAUAAAACCAAGAAUCAUGUAA